CACGCCAGUGAUGAGGACAGUCUGGUUUUCACGUCUUAACGUUUCUGUAACCUUGUAUAUCAUUGAACUGCUUUAAUUUAAAGCAUGUUACGAACUUUGUGUCAGGCUGGUGGCGCCGUCUUUAAGAACUCCCAGCGGACGGUGCCCAGACUCUGGCCGAGUCCAGUCCAACAGCGAUGGGCCUCCCGCUUACCCAUGAACACGGUGGUGCUGUUUGUGCCAGAGCAGGAGGCCUGGGUGGUCCAGAGGAUGGGUCGCUUCCACCGCAUCUUAGAGCCGGGACUGAACUUCCUCAUUCCCAUACUCGACCAAGUUCGUUAUGUGCAAAGCCUGAAAGAGAUUGUUAUUGACAUUCCUGAACAGUCAGCUGUGUCCCACGAUAACGUGACUCUGCAGAUUGACGGAGUUCUUUUUUUGAGAAUCUUAGAUCCUUUUAAGGCCAGUUAUGGCGUGGAGGAUCCAGAAUACGCCGUGACUCAACUCGCUCAAACCACAAUGCGUUCAGAACUGGGCAAACUCACGCUGGAUAAAGUCUUCAGGGAAAGGGAGUCUCUUAAUUCCAACAUGGUCCACUCCAUCAACCAGGCGUCCGAAGAUUGGGGAAUCCGCUGCCUGCGUUAUGAGAUCAAAGAUAUACAAGUUCCUCCUCGCGUUAAAGACUCAAUGCAGAUGCAGGUGGAGGCCGAGCGCAAGAAGAGAGCCACGGUGCUGGAGUCCGAGGGAACGCGAGAAGCGGACAUCAACAUCGCGGAGGGUCGCAAGCAAUCCCAAAUCCUGGCCUCGGAGGGAGAGAAGGCCGAGCAGAUCAACAAAGCAGCCGGUGAGGCCCAGGCUGUGUUAGCCAAAGCAGAAGCCAAAUCCAAGGCCAUCCGUCUGCUGUCGGUCGCUCUGGCGGAGCAGAACGGAAGUGCGGCGGCCUCGCUGAGCGUUGCCGAGCAGUACGUCGCCGCCUUCUCCAACCUGGCCAAGGAGUCCAACACCGUGCUGCUGCCCUCCAACACCAACGACGUCAGCGCAAUGGUCACACAGGCCAUGAGCAUUUACAGCCGGCUGGCCCAACCGACGCCGAAGGCCGAGAGCGUGAAGACGGAUGAACGGAGCCAGUGAGGAGCCUCCGGCCGCUGUGGACGCCGUUAAAGCUCCAAAGAGGGGGGGGGGGGGUUCCACAAUUAUGGAGCACAAUGGCGCCCGCUGUGUGGAUCUCCAUCUUCUGCAGCGCACAGGAUGUCGUGACGGGAGGAACGCCGCCGAACGAGCGGAGACAAUGCCGAGCCCGGGCGGCCGGGAGAAGAGAAGCCGCGCAUGACAUCACCCGUGUGCUUCGUCGCCUUUCAAUGGACGUUCGCCGGUUGUUAAAUUAUGUGGAAAAUCCAAUAUAUUUUCUAAAUAAGUUGCUUUUCUUGUUUUCUCUAUCACAUGAAAAACUUUUUAGAAAUCCCGAAAGUUGGAAGAUGCGUAAAAUAAAAUAAGUUCUUUAUAAACAUGUUUGGUGGAAAAAAAACUCUGCGAAACAAUAAAAGUUUCUCUCUGUUUCAGAGAGCGAUG